UCGCAAGGGAUAACGCCCGUUAACCAGAAAUAUCCCCGAGGGAACAGUCUCGUCUCCAGUGUGUCCUGUGAUGCUUGUUCAGGUUAGCCACGGAAGAAGCUUCAAGUUCAGAUUUUGUUCAAUGCAGACGCUUUUAAGAGUUGGUUUCUUCGCUCACUGCACCGACUCUCCCUUUGCAAAGAUCUCUCCAAUUCCCUUCCCUAAAAUCCCAUUUUGCAAGAAAACCCACAUAGUUUCUGCACUUAAAACAAGCUCUCGUUCAGGGAGUGAACUUGUGGAAGAUGAUGUCUUGUUAAUGUUCUUCAAGGACAGAGAAUUAAAUGGAGAUUUUAUUUCCAAAGCUUCUGAUAGGUUUUGGCAGGGGGGAAUUGCGAAAUUUGUUGAUGUUAAUGAUAGCAAAAUUCUUGAUGCUCCUCAACAAGAUGAGCUGGUUAAGGAAAAUGAUAAUGGAGAUGGUGGUAGUGGGUUCCUGAAGCUGUCAAAAACUCAGGAAUGGAUAUUAGGUGGCAACUCUGCACCAAUCAACAAGAAGGCCAGUGCUAAGGCGCUACCAGAUGACUUUGAAAGAAGGAAGAAACUUAACCUUCUGCAAUAUGAAGCUCUCAAAAGGGAAAUGAUGCUUUUGUCUGUUGGGAUUGGAACUGCUUGCAGUGGCUAUUGUUUAGUAGCUUUAUCAGUUCAGGCUGCUAUUAGCUAUGCGGUGGGAGUCCUUUUCAGGUUGAUGUGCAGUUGUCUAUAUCUUCAGCUUUUAUUCCAAUAUGCAGACAAUCUAUCCAACAAAAUGGUUCCUCAGAUUUUCACGCAGAAGAAGUCAAAGAAAAUUGGCAUAAGAAGCGAGGACCUUAAGGAUUUCUUUGAGAGAUCAAUUAAGGGUAGCGGUCUUGCUCUUUCAUCUCCAAGACUUGUAAUCCCUGCAGCAAUUUAUGGACUAUGGGCUUUAUCUCACCAGUAUUUUGCCAAUGACUUCUUUGAUUUUCAGCUGGUGCCAGCUAUGUUCGGAAUGUUUGUAUAUAAAGCUGCUGCGCUUGUUCAAGUGUAUAGAGAUAACGAAGAUCUGCAGUUUGUCUUCCCGGAAAAUGAUGAUCGGAGGUCAGACACGUGAAAUCUUCCAAGUUUAUUUCUUCGACGCAUAUCAAUGCUUCCCGUCCAUGCUAUCCAAAGCAAAUGGGACAUUUCUCCAAGAAGUCUGGCUCUUGAUCAGAGGAAGAUCCUAAAUAGAUAUAUUUGUAUAAAUCGAUAUAUCUAUAUCGUUGUAACGUUUAUGUAUUAUUAAAAUAUUUAAAUUAUUUAGUAGUUAGUAUAUAGAUCGAAUAAGUUUAUAAUUUUCUAUUUAGUUAAGGUUCUUAUUUAAAUAAAAGUUAAAAGAGUUAUUUGUAUA